CGAAGAACCUCUCUCUCUCUUUCCCUCUGUAUAUACAUACAAUACUGAAACUUGAUAUGACAGAGUACUGCAAUCAAAGUAAUAGUAGUGUUGGGUAAGCUCAGAAGCAGCUCUGUUAAUUGGCUUCAAUGGAGAGGAAACGGGAGAAGCUACUCACAAGGAUGACAGACUUCAUAAAAGAGGUGGCAGAUUGUGUGAAUUCUCCCAACCCAAGCGUAGAGGUCCAUCGUCUUGUUCACUAUUGUCGCAUUGGCUCCACUUUUGUAGGGUACCUCGGCCUUCCUUUCAAGUUUGCCCAGAUGGAAUUCUUAUCCAAGGUUAAUGAUCUUGACAAGGGGGCAAGACCCGAUGACACACUAGAAACCUUAAUUGACAGAGAAAUCCAGCAGAAUUUAGCUAAGAAACCUUAUAGUAGCUCAAGGAGCCUGAUCAGAGUCAAGCGUUCGAUCGUGAUGCUAACCGUGAUGUUUGAGCAAAUGCUAACCAAAGGAGGGAACUCAAUUGUGGAUGCGGUUUCAAAGUCAUACGAGAAGUCCUUUGCUGCAUACCAUGGAUGGGCUACCAGAACUGCCAUCUUUGCUUCGCUUCCUGCCCUUCCUACAAGGGCCAAGCUUAUGAAGAAGUUGCACGAAAAUGAGGUGUCAAUGACUGCUAAGAUGAAAAGCUUUGUAGAUUCAUCAGCUGUAGUAGUGAACUACAUCGACAGUUUAUUUCAUUCAAGGGAAUUGGGCCAACAGCUGCUUGAAUUGAUUUGAUCUUUGACUACAUGCAAUAAUUUAUCAUUGUACAA